UUCUGCUCGUUUCUGAGGACAACUGCAUGAUCGCCUUCGGAAAAACACCUGUGACCACCUUCACCAUGGACAGACUUAAUGAGGGACUUCUCUACGUCAUGGCAUAUUACUAUGCCCUGCACAUGACCUACCCCAAGUGCAUUUCUACACUACUGUCAGUACUGCAGACAGAGGUACUUCAAGAUUCAAUUCAUGAGCAGGAUUUGACCCCUCACUACACAAAAGCAAUGGGUGAGUGGAAGUCAUUCAGUGAGUGAGUCCCUUUGUCCAUCACUCUGCCCCACUCUUCCUGUUGCAAGACUUUCAAAAAAAGUUGAUGUUCUGUUUUAAAAAAAAAGUUCAUCACAGUUAGGCACAUUUGUUGGUGAGAUUGAAAACCUUUCCUGUGGGAUAAUAUGCAACAUGGUGUUUAUUGCUGUAGUAUGCUGCUACAAUAACUGAUGGGUUUUUUUGAUAGUGGGGUUUAAAUCAAAACUGGCUUUUCAAUCUGUUAGAUUAUGAUAGCUCUGGAAUGUGGAAGUCGUCCUUUUUUGGAUGUUGAGUUAAGCAAUUGUAUUGCAAAGUUAAUAAAAAAAUAUUAAAUGAGAAAGUUUUGGUGUCUUGAUUUAAGACAACAUUACUUAUAUUUGUUAUGCUGUUUUAAGAAAUGAUGUCUUAUUUUAACUACUUUUAUGCUCAUUAUCAAUCCCAGAUUAAGGUGUCAAAUCUUGAAUUUAAUUUAGUCAAGAGACUUAAAUUCUAAUUUUAAGUAACUUACUAUUAAACUAGGGUUUUUUCAUUGCUUGUUUUAGAAGAAUUCGGCUUAAUUUAAGAUUUUGCCUUCCAGCACCUCUACAGCUCACUAGUUAACACUUUAUAUCUUAUUUGUUUAACCCUCUGGAGUCGAUAUUUUUCGUUGUUUAUGCAACGGUUAUAUUCAUAUCUUCGUGGUAAAACGGCACAGAAAUAUGAGCCAAGAGCUUGGACGUGACGUUUGUGUCGAGCUCCGCCCUUCAACAUAAUUUGUGGAAUCGUGUGUCCGUCAAUAUUUUGUGCGAAUGAAUUUUUAAUAAAUCAGCUUUAGGGCCAAAUUACCUCUUUACACUGUGCCUAAAGACAAUAUUGCUUCAUUAUAUAGAUAGCUGCAAUUUUUGAUUGUAUAACAUAUGUGUAUGUAUCAAAUGCAAGUGCCUUUUUAAAAAGGUGAAUUUAAGAAAUUCAUAAAAGAGUACAUUUUAUUAGUUUGGAGUAAAGCCAGCCAGAAUCAGUAUUAAGUAUUGUAUGCUUAUACACAUAGUAUGGUAUGCAUUGUAUAAAUGUAUUCAGUGGACACCUCCAUUUUUACUUAUAAACUGUACACACAGAAUUUACUCUAAACCCUCAUUUGCAUAUUCCGGAACACGGUGAUGUCACAGACUGUGGCCUCAUGGAACCCUUCAUCAAAGGCACAGCCAUAGAACUCAGUGGCAGCUCCCCUAUAUAUACCUUAUUAAUAUUAUUAGUAUAUGAUAUUGCCUUACAGGAACAAGCACUAUCUUUGUUAGAAAAGUCUUCAGCAGUCUUCAGGUGUAAUGUCUAAAGUAUUAGGAAAGCUCUUCAAAGCUGAGGAGAAGGACGUCGUCCCUGGAGAAGGGAAUACAGCAGUAAUGCAAGAUGAGGAAAGCCCACAGAGGGGGGACAGCAGGAGACUGGACCCCAUCCUGGACCUCAUCCCCCGUAAAGAUGAGUUGACUUCCAGUUCAGAGGACAUUAGUGUCGUCCCUGGAGGACUAAAGAGGAAAAGAACAGAAGAUGGGGAAAUCCUACAAAGGGAGAAAAGCAGGAGACUGGACCCCAUCCCGGACCCCAUCCUGGACCUCAUCCUGGACCCCAUGCUGGACCCCAUCCUGGACCUCAUCCCCUGUGAAUAUGAGUUUCCGUCCACCUCAGAGGACAUUAGUGUCGUCCCUGGAGGACUAAAGAGGAAACGAACAGAAGAUGGGGAAAUCCUACAAAGGGAGAAAAGCAGGAGACUGGACCCCAAGCUGGACCCCAUCCUCUGUAACGAUGAGUUGCCGUCCACCUCAGAGGACACUGAAAGCAGAAACCCACCCGAGGCGGCUCUGAGCGCGAGAAGCGCCGAUGAUGGACCGGUUCAGAAGGACGACCUAGUUCCAGACCCGUCAGCCAUGUUUAAGGCCAAGUACCAGCAGCAGGAGAAACUUGGCGAAGGAGGAUAUGGAUGCGUGUAUGCUGGCUAUCGCAGAGAGGAUAAUCUUCCUGUCGCCAUGAAGCAUAUUAUGAUAGACGAAGAGCUCCUCUUUCACGAAGACAGUGAUGGGCUCCAGAUCCCCAUGGAGGUUGCUGUCCUAAGGAAGCUAGAGGCCCAAUCAGAGCAGCAUUCAGCAUCCAUUGACCUACUGGACUGGUAUGUUGUGGACCAGGAGCUGAUCCUGGUGCUGGAGAGACCGAUGCCGGCCGUAGACCUCUUCGACUACAUUCAAGACAAAGGAGGCUACUUGAAGGAAAAGGAAGCUAAGAUUAUAAUGAAGCAGUUGGUGGAUGCAGCCAUUGACCUCCAGGAGAAGCACAUUUUCCACCGGGACAUCAAGACGGAAAAUCUCCUUAUUGAGACCGGCAUGAAGUUGCCACGAGUUCGCGUCAUCGACUUCGGUCUGAGCUGCUUCAGCGAAGAAGACGACGUCUAUAGCACCUUCUAUGGUACUGACGUCCCCCCAGAGUGGGCCAGUCGGCAGGAAUACAAAGCCGGACCCACGACAGUAUUCCAGAUAGGAAUGGUCCUGUUCUACAUGCGAAAAAAGGUGUCAUUUAGACCGGGGAUGACCUUUGUGAAGCUGAAUGAGACCAAGUGGCUUUCCAAAAAUGGCAAAGAUUUCUUUAAGGCGUGUAUAUGUGAGGACCCGGAUACUCGUUUCACCCUGGACCAGCUGAAGCAUCACCGGUGGCUGAGAUAGUAUCACACACACACACAUGCAUGUCAUAAUUUACAUUUAAUCCCUUUAGCCCUCCAUUUAUUUAUAUAUGGGCAGACUGGCCAGGAGCCGAGGCGCUGCCCAAACCGUGACAUUGUUCAAAAUCUGGCAUUUCCCUGUUGGACGGGAGAAACAUUACCUUAAAUACCAUAAUAGCUGCGGGCCUCAAAUAAUCUCUACUAUAAAGGGCCGGUCCCGUCAUUUCAAGUCAAGAUGACUAAAAAUAUCUGAUCAAUACACGAUUCGGUACAUAUCUGAUCA